GCUAGAGCACCUGUAGCUGGCCAUGACGACCGCGCACCGCCCGACCUGGCACGCCGCCGUGGGGCAGUCGAACGAAGGAGGAUGGCACGCAGGAGGCAAACUGAGCGAACAGACCUCGGCGCGUGACCUGCCGGCCCACAAGCGCCUUAAAAUGCGCCAGGUUGGCCAGGGCACUGCCAAUGAGGUGGAGCUGCUGGAUCUGCGCGAGGAACUCGAGCGCAAGGAGGAGAAGCACGAGCAGGAGAAAGGGCGCAAGAAGGACACUGCUCAAGACAAGCUGCGGCGACUGGAGGAGAACAAGAAAAUUCUGCUGCUCGGCGACGCAGAAGCUGACGAGCGCGAGUCGCAGCUGAAGAAGGUCGCGAGCAAAUAUGACGAUGCAGACGACGGAGCUGACUCCGAGGAUUCAAGCGAUUCCGAUAGUGAUAGUGACGACGAGGAUGAAGAGGCUGAGUUGAUGCGGGAGCUGGAGAAAAUCAAGCAAGAACGUGAAGAGGAACGGCUACGCAAGGAGGAAGAGGAGCGGAAGGCUGCAGAGCAGCAGUCACGUGAGGAGAUCCUCCAAGGCAAUCCGCUGACGCAGCAGCAAGCGGCAGGUAGCGCCAAGAUGAAGCGCCGGUGGAAUGACGACGUGGUCUUCAAGAACCAGUCCCGGAACGAGCCGGAGGUCAAGAAGCGCUUCAUCAACGACACGAUCCGCAACGACUUCCACCGCCGCUUCCUGAACAAGUACAUCCAGUAG